GAAUUAUAAAUUGAAUCAAAAUAUACAUGUAUUCAAUUUAUAAACAACAGUGAUAAAAAUUGAAUUUGAACGUGAAAAACAUAAUUUCAUCAGUUUUUAUUGACAUUUUUUUAAAUUAUUAGAGUCGUAAAUUUUUUAAUAAAUAUGAAUUCUUGUGAUUUAACAAAAUGGUCAAUCUUUAGUUUAUUAGAACCAAAAUUUAUUUCGAACAUCCAUAUGGCUGUUGUAUAUGGUAACAUUGGUAACGAAGCAUUAAUUGUAACAAAAGAUAAAAUGGUAUAUGCUGUUGGAAGUAACACUUCUGGAUGUCUUGGAAUUGGUGAUACUCAAAGUACUCUUUAUCCAAAGAAAAUUAAAGAAUUAUGUGGUAAAGAUAUAAAAACUUUUGCAUAUGGUAAAGGUCCACAUGUUUUAGCACUCACAGAGGAAGGAAAAGUAUAUUCAUGGGGACAAAAUUGUCAUUAUGAAUUAGGAAAUACUUUUAACAAUCAAGCUUUAACUCCAGGAAUAAUAACAAAUUUAUGUAAUGAAUUUAUUAUUGAUAUAGCUUGUGGAAGUCAUCAUUCUCUUGCAUUAACAAAUGAUGGAGAGGUAUAUGCAUGGGGUCAAAAUACAUCAGGACAAGUAGGUUGUCAUGAUGAUACAACAUUAGUACAAGAUAUACCUAGAAAAUUAAAUUUUACAUUAACUGGCAAAAAAGUUAUUUGCAUUAGUUGUGGAGACUCAUUCAGUGUGGUAGUCACAAAUAAUGGAGAAGUUUAUAGUUGGGGUUGUAAUGAUGUUGGUCAAUUAGGAAUUGAAAAUAAUAAUGACCAAUUUCAUCCAUGCAAAAUAACAUCACUUGCAAAAAUAGUAAUAGAAAAAGUAGUUUGUGGUAGUAUACAUACUUUAGCAUUAAGUGAUGAAGGUGUUCUUUAUGUUUGGGGAGAUAAUAAUUAUGGACAACUAGGUCUUACUACAGUUUUACUUAAUAUUUGGAAACCUACAAAGCUAGAAGUACCAGAAAUGAGAAGAGUAUUAGAUAUAGCAACAUCAUAUUAUAAUUAUAUAAGUAUUGCUUUAUGUGAAGGUAAUCGAAUAUUUAUGUGGGGUCAAUGUCUAGGCCAAAAUGUUAAAGUUCCAACACUUACUCCACUAAAAUGUUUGUAUGAUGUUUUUGCAUUUUAUGCACUUCCAGCUGUUAUGCAUCAACCCCUUAUUUUUCACAGUGAUGAAGAAUCAAACUUAAUAAACAGUUUAAGAGAAGCUUUUGAUGAUCCAACCACUAGUGAUCUUAUUAUUCAAGUUCAUGGAAAUCCUAUUCAUGUGCACAAAGCAAUUUUGAAGAUACGUUGUCAUUACUUCAGAACAAUGUUUCAAGAGCAUUGGGCAGAAAAUAGUCAAAGUGUUAUAUGUCAUGAACAAUUUUCCUAUGAUGUGUAUAAAACUUUUUUAAAAUAUUUAUACACUAAUGAAAUUGAUCCAUUUCUAGAUCCAUUCAAUGCAUUAGAACUUCUAGAUUUAGCUAAUGCUUAUUCUGAAAAUCAGUUAAAAAGGUAUUGCAUACAAAUAAUAAAUAAAGGGAUUACAGUCACUAAUGUGAUCGUUUUGUAUAAUACAUCUAUCCAAUAUAAUGCUAAGGAAUUAGAAGAACAUUGUUUUAAAUUUGCAUUAAAUCAUAUGACUGCAGUGGUACAGACAGCAGAUUUUGCUAAAUUAGACGAAAGUACAGUUAAAACCUUUAUAAUUAAAGCUGCUCAAGCGGGUGUUUUUAAAACUUAGCUCAAAAUAUGCAUAUUUCCAGAUCCAAAGAAAUUAAUUGUGAUACUUUGAUACGAAUAAUUCAUUUUAUGUUACAAGAUUAAAUAGAUUUUGUUAUUAAAUAUCAAUGUUUUUUAAAAAGGUGAUGAAAAUAUUUUUAAUAUGUAAAUUUUGUAAUAAUGCCUAGCUAUUAGAAAAUUGUUUGUCAAUAAUUAUUUUUAUUAUUAUUAAUUUAUCAUAUAAAUAAUCACAAUAUAUUACUUUGUAUUUAAAAAUUACAAUAGAAUUCG